AAAAAGUGCUUUUGUAACCAAGACAUCGGGGAAAGGGCGGACUGACUGUUUAUGAAACUUUUUGGGGGUAAAAUUGGUUAAAAAUAAUAAUCAAUAUUGUUCAUAUGUGUAGUUUUUCAAAUUAUAUUUACCGUUAACGUCUUUAUGGCAGCGCGAGACUCACCGCUCAUCUAAUUUAAGUAGUAAUCACGGUCAGCUGCGAGGGUCAGGCUUAGGUCACCGCGCUGUGGUCGACGCGUGUUGAGCAGCACUGGCUCUGAAGUGGUAACAGCAGUUGGACUGUGUGGGAGAGCGAGAUAUCAGAGACAUGGGCGAGAAGAACGUGCUGCGUAUUUUAUCCAUUGUGCUCUUUGUUCUGGCUUACAUCGUGACUUUGGCCAUCAACGCCAUGGCGAGCUCUGGGAAAGGUCCAUUUUUGCAAAGGAUAGGCAACAUUUCAGCGCUGCAUGAGACUGAGAUCACUCCCGGUGGAUGGACAUUCUCCAUCUGGGGCUUCCUCUACACCUGGCUUCUCCUUAUUAACAUAUAUAUUCUCACCUGGCUCUGUAGACGGACUUCAACGGGAUGGAUGUACUGUAGUCCUGCAAUUCUUCCUUAUGGGUUUUUCCUCUCCUGGGUGGUUAACAUGGUUCUAAACAGCACCUGGCUCGUCCUGUGGGACCGAGAGUUAAUGGUCCCAGCCCUAAUAGUGCUGGCUCUGAUUGCCUUCACCAACUACCUCAUGAUCUUCUUCUCCUGUGUUGGCCUAAAAGCUCAUGGAGCUUGGCUCAAACAGAACCACCCUGUUGACCUCUGGUGCAUCCGUGUGCUGGUUCAGAAUGCCAUUGCUGCCUACGCAACAUGGACCACAAUAGCCACGCUCCUCAACUUUGCUGUUGUGUUGGGUAUUGCGUCAGUGUCCCCAACAAAUGCUGGCACUGUUGCUCUGUGUGCUCUGCUAUUGGAAGUCAUUGUAUGGUUUGCUGUUGAGAACUUCGUGGUAGAGAAGCAUGUGCGCUACAUUCUGACCAUCUACCCCGUUGUCAUCUACGCUCUCAUUGGAAGCUUGAGCAGACACUAUGAUGCAGCAGCUCCAGGCAGGAAUGCUGUCUUUACAGCUGUUCUCCUGAUGCUGGCUUGCGUUUUGUUUGUGGUGCGAGUGCUGCUGGUGAUCUGGAGGCAUCGUACACAGCCUCUGCUCCAGGGAACAACAGCUGAGGGGCUGAUGACGCCUAAUUUGAUGCCUGCAACACGUACCAAAGAAGUUGGGACAGGGGCAACAAAAGACUGGGAAAGUUGAGGAAUGCUCAAAAAACGCCUGUUUGGAACAUUCCACAGGUGAACAGGACUCUGACUUGUGCGCAGUACAGUUUAUCGGAAUUUUCUACAUAGUUACACUAUACACUACACACACACACACACAUACAUAUUAUUAUAUAUAACACUGUUCUGUGGUCAAGGAGACUUAUUCAGUUAAUGACAUUGGGGAGUCCCUGAAAAGAGUUUUGGCUACACAGGACUGCAUGCUUGUAUGUGCAGAAUAACCAUAUCAGCCUUACACUAUGUUGACCUGUCAAGUUUCAUUCAUAGAGAAAGUUUCAUCUUCUGCACUUUUGCUUCUUUUCCCAUACGAAAUUUCUUCGCUUUAUUUUGUUGCCCACUGUGGUUAGAAGGACAGAGUUUAGAGUUGUUUUGUAGCCGUGCUAUUUGUUUGCGGGGAAAGACAUUUAAACAUCAAUUAGGCGAGUGCUCCCUUUGGUGAAAUCAACCCAGUUGGUCAAAUAAUUAUGGCCAGCUGUCAGAAAACUUUUCCAUUUUCCAACCAGGCACCCUAAAUAAACCCUGGGUCAACAGGAACUGUUUUAGGAGUUGCAUCCUAUUUAUUUGUUGAUUUUACUUGAGUGUUUUUAUUUACAGGAACUGUAGUUGGUUCAUGUUGCAAAGACGGUAAUAGGUGGGGGAAUGAAGACUCAGCUGGUGACUAAAUUGAUUUUGGAAUGUUUGAGUGGAUUAUAAUAAAAUAUUCACAUAAAAUGCCCUUGUUUCUUUGGGCCAGAAGUCUUCCAGGCAAAUUUGUUUAUUCGGUAUAUAACAAAAGUAAUGGUGUUAUUUGAUAUAAUAUUUUGCUAAACACUCAUAAUCAAACUGAAGUGAGGUGAGAAAUUUGAACCCCUACUAAAAGGCCUUAAAACCAAUACACAUGCCUAGACUUAUGAGAAAUCCCUUCUCAAAAGAUUGCUUAUGUCGCAUACUUAGAGCAGUUGUGGAGUUGGUGAGAAUUUUUCCACAGCAUUGUUUGACAGAUGACUGAGCACAGGGAGUGGUUGGCAGCUGCUAAUAGUGGGUUUUAUUGGUGUUGAGCCCAUAAAGCAGUUAUGUUUACCCUUGUGCUCAUAGGUCAGGCCCCUUUUUUCUUGGUACAUUAAAGAAUUUGCUGAAAUCCAUGUAAAAAUGCAGAAACUUCGAUAAUUCAAGCAUUUCAUAACUUGUAAUAGAGCAGCAUGACUGACAUAUUUGCCUUUUCAUCAUCAAGCUGAUGGUUGCAUAACAAGAUUAUCCCAGUUAAACAGUUGUUCAUAUUGUAUGCAUAUGCUGAGCCAGGUUGGUUUACCUAGUCUAAUAUUCUAGUUUAGUAGGUUAAUUUAUACAUAAACUAAUAACGUCUUAUUUAUAUAAAAAAUGGUUCAAAAAAUCAAAUUUACACAAUUUCUCCUAUAUUGUUAAUCAGCCCAGGCAUGUUUGGGAUCCAAAUUGUCCUCCUUUAGUUCUAAACUAGAGCUACGAGGCUAAUGAAGCUAACAAACACUAGAAGCCAAUAGCCACCCGCAUAUUUUCCUUAAACACAUCCUCAAAAGUUCGCUUAACUGGCUAAAAACACAUCCAGCUGUUUAUUAAGGUCUCAUAGACUUGUAGAUGUGGUUUAGGAUGCAGUACAACUUACUUCACCAUGUAGCUGAAUGCAGUUGGUACCCAAUCAAAUGGGAAUUCCACCGUUUUUUUUAUUUUUAUUUAUGAAUAUUUUAGUCUUUAUGGUGUAAGCAGAGUCAUUCAGAGUGGUUGAUUGUAGAGAAACUUGGACUCAUUUUACAGAGUCAAUUUAUUUAGUAUCCAAAACCACCAGUGAACCAACAUGUGUCUUCUGAGUUUUCAUAUGUAAUGUUGGUGAUGCUAAAAUGGUCAGUAAUCUGGAAAAAAAAUGUUUUCUUUAUGGGCUGUUUUGCCUUAGAACACCGUUCAUAUACUCCUCUGCCACAAAUGGUUUCAAAUAAAUGGAUUCAAGUACACUUUCUCAAAAACCUAUCAUAAAACAAUGUGUCAGACAUCAGACAGCAUAUAUUUAGCUAUUUCAUGUAAUCAUUUUCUGUAACAGUAAUAAAGUCUUAAGACGUCUGGUUCCUAAUACCACCAUUCUCCAGAAUGGAGCAUUUCACACCAGACCACACCGAAUGGCUUUGUUUAUGUCAACCAUUAAAUUAUGUAAAAUUAUUGAAAAAUCUGUGGAAUUCACUUUUAAGACAAGUGUUAGAAUCAUACUCCCUUUCACAUGCAUGCCCACCACACAGACGUAUGGACCCUAGAUUAGACUUGUGAUUUCUAUCGUAAAAAUUCUAGAUUGUUAUUUAUAUAAAGAAACAGAAAAUCCAUGUUUUAUUAAUGUAUAUAAUUCAGUUAUUCAUGCUGUGUCCUACAUCACAUGAACACGUAUUCACAGCCUUAAUAACUUGAGACUUAAAGUAGUUUAAGAGAAGUGUUCACAGAAAAGAUUUGGGUGACUAUGGACUUCUAAUGUAUUUAGCCUCGUAGCUCCAGCGGUAACCUUGAAAAUAAAAAACAUUUAGAGAAAAAAAUUUGGACAUGCAUCUGAGGUAAGUGGAAUAUUGUGUAAAUGUGAUUUUGUGCCAGUGUACACCUGCAUUUAUAGUUGUAUUUCAUACUAAAAACUACAGUAUUAGAAUGUGUAUGUGUUUACAAUGAAUAUUACAUGCAUUUAGCUUAAAUAUAGCCAACUACACUAUUUUGUAUUUGUAAUACCUCUGUUCUAUGAAUGUUAAUGAUACUAAUGACUUUGUAAACUUUUAAUAAAAUAACUAUAAUGAAUGGCA